AUGAUGGGGGCUUCCCAGCUCCAGAUCCUGCGCCUGCUGGUAUUCGGUGAGUGGAGCAAGGAGUAGGCAGCCUGUGGGCAACCCCUCACGUCCAGCCGGAUCGUGGGGGGCCGGGAUGCCCGUGAGGGAGAGUGGCCCUGGCAGGCGAGCAUCCAGCACCGGGGGACGCACGUAUGCGGGGGGUCGCUCAUCGCAUCCCAGUGGGUGCUGACUGCAGCACACUGCAUGGCCAGACAGGCACUUCCAUCUGAGUACCGUGUGUGCCUGGGGAUGCUGCGCCUGGGCCCUGUGUCACCCCCGGCACUCUCCGUGCCAGUGUGGAGGGUACUGCUGCCUCCAGACCACUCUAUGGAUGCCACCCGCGGUGACCUGGCACUGCUGCAGCUACGCCACCCAGUACCAAUGAGUGCCCACAUCCAGCCCAUCUGCCUGCCCAUGCCUGGUAGUCACCCACCACCCAGCUCACCCUGCUGGGUCACCGGUUGGGGCACCCUCAGCCCAGGAGUGCCACUUCCAGAGUGGCGUCCCCUGCAAGGAGUGAGGGUGCCACUGCUGAGCUCACGCGCCUGUGACCGCCUGUACCAUGUGGGCACCAGCAUCCCUGAGGCGGAGCGCAUAGUGCUGCCGGGAAACCUCUGUGCUGGCUACCUCAGGGGCCACAAGGAUGCCUGCCAGGGUGACUCCGGGGGACCUCUAAGCUGCUUGCAGUCUGGGCACUGGAUCUUGGUGGGUGUGGUGAGCUGGGGCAAGGGCUGUGCCCUGCCCAAUCGUCCUGGUGUCUAUACCAGCGUGGCCAAGUAUAGCCCCUGGAUUCAGGCUCACCUCAGCCUCUAA